AUGAGCGAAAACAAGCGCCCGGUGGCACCGAUGUCUUCCGUCGCGGCCCCUGCUAAGGAACCCAACGCCAUGGGCCCCAAGGCGGUGGAACUUGUCCUGGUCAAGGAGCAAAAUGGGGUGCAGCUCACAAACUCCACCCUCGCCAACCCCACGCAGACGCCCCUGGGGACCCAAGAACGGGAGACCUGGAGCAAGAAAAUCGACUUCCUCCUGUCUGUGAUCGGCUUUGCGGUGGACCUGGCCAACGUCUGGCGGUUUCCCUACCUGUGCUACAAAAACGGCGGCGGCGCCUUCCUGGUCCCCUAUCUGCUCUUCAUGGUCAUUGCCGGAAUGCCCCUUUUCUACAUGGAGCUGGCCCUGGGGCAGUUCAACAGGGAGGGGGCUGCUGGCGUCUGGAAGAUCUGCCCCGUCCUGAAAGGCGUGGGCUUCACGGUCAUCCUCAUCUCGCUGUACGUUGGCUUCUUCUACAACGUCAUCAUCGCCUGGGCGCUGCACUACUUCUUCUCGUCCUUCUCCGUGGACCUGCCGUGGGUCCACUGUAACAACACGUGGAACAGCCCCAACUGCUCGGAUGCCCACGCCGGCAACUCCAGCUCCGGCCCCAAUGACACCUUCAGGACCACGCCUGCCACCGAGUAUUUCGAGCGCGGCGUGCUGCACCUCCACGAGAGCCGUGGCAUUGAUGACCUGGGUCCCCCGCGGUGGCAGCUCACGUCCUGCCUGGUGCUGGUCAUCGUCCUGCUCUACUUCAGCUUGUGGAAGGGAGUGAAGACCUCUGGGAAGGUUGUGUGGGUCACGGCCACCAUGCCGUACGUGGUCCUCUUCGCCCUGCUUCUGCGAGGAAUCACUCUCCCUGGGGCCAUCGAUGGCAUCAGAGCGUACCUGAGCGUAGACUUCCGUCGGCUCUGCGAGUCUUCUGUGUGGAUAGAUGCCGCCACCCAAGUGUGCUUCUCGCUGGGCGUGGGGUUUGGGGUGCUCAUCGCCUUCUCCAGCUACAAUAAAUUCACCAACAACUGCUACCGAGACGCGGUCAUCACCACGUCUGUCAACUCCCUGACGAGCUUCUCCUCCGGCUUCGUGGUCUUCUCCUUCCUGGGGUACAUGGCCCAGAAGCACAGCGUGCCCAUUGGGGACGUGGCCAAGGACGGGCCCGGGCUGAUCUUCAUCAUCUACCCGGAGGCGCUGGCCACGCUCCCGCUGUCCUCGGCCUGGGCCGUCAUUUUCUUCAUCAUGCUGCUCACCCUGGGGAUCGACAGCGCCAUGGGCGGGAUGGAGUCGGUGAUCACCGGGCUGGUGGACGAGUUCCAGCUGCUGCACCGGCACCGGGAGCUCUUCACCCUCCUCGUCGUCCUGGCCACUUUCCUCCUCUCGCUCCUCUGCGUCACCAACGGCGGCAUCUAUGUCUUCACGCUGCUGGACCACUUUGCAGCCGGCACUUCCAUCCUCUUCGGAGUGCUCGUCGAGGCCAUCGGGGUGGCCUGGUUCUACGGCGUGAGGCAGUUCAGCGAGGACAUCAAGCAGAUGACUGGGCAGCGGCCCAGCCUCUACUGGAGGCUGUGCUGGAAGUUCGUCAGCCCCUGCUUCCUCCUGUUUGUGGUCGUGGUGAGCAUCGUGACCUUCAGGCCCCCGCACUAUGGAGCCUACGUCUUCCCCGAGUGGGCCAACGCGCUGGGCUGGGCCAUCGCCACGUCCUCCAUGUCCAUGGUGCCCAUCUACGCCGCCUACAAGUUCUGCAGCCUGCCUGGCUCCCUGCGGGAGAAACUGGCCUACGCCAUCACCCCGGAGCAGGAACGGGAGCUGGUGGACAGCGGGGAGGUGCGUCAGUUCAGGCUUCGCCACUGGCUCCUGGUGUAGCCGGCGGGCAGGGGGCCCGGACGGCCACCCCAGCGCAG